AUGUGCUCGUCAGUGGGCAUCGAGUAUCUCCAUCAAGACCUCACCACCGCAGAGGCGAUCCAGAUCUGCGAACAGUUCCAGGGAACCGCAUGGCGGCCGGGCCGCCAGGUGAUGUGGAGCGGCGUACCCCGUGCCAUCGUUCAGCAAUGGGCAGACGCACACGGGAUGCAGACGCUAACCACGGCGAUGGGCCCUCUCAUGGUCCAUGACCAUCCGCAAUGUCGGCAUCUCCAUAAAUCGAAGCAACGUUGGAGCAGAUAUAUGCACGGCGCAUCGGCUCUUUUUGCCUCUCAUAUUGCACAAGACGGGGGAACAGUCACAGUCGUGACGCCUCCACCUCCCGAAAGAUUCAACCCGCAUGGAGGGACAAACUACCAAGCAGUCGAAGAGCCAAUUUUAAAGGGGGAAAGAGGAUCGUGCUGCGUCAAGAAGAUCGAACUGGUGCACCCCACUGUGCCUGGCGCAGAAGAAUUCUGCUAUGAGAUAUGGCCUGAGGACGAGACCGACUCUUGGACUGCGAAGUUCGCCAAAGCUAGCAAGUCCGCUCCACACCCUCAAUGGAGGCAUCCUAAACCAAGACGGGCAAGGCUAUAG